GACGGGAUCGGGGCGGUGGGAGCGGGAAGUAGCGAGAAGGUGGUGAGCCGAGAAUCCGGACCGAUCGCGUAGGGACCUGCGCGUCCUCCAGUGCCGCGUCGCAGGAUGGGCUCCCUCGCGGGCUGAGCCCUCCGGGACGGGGGCGUGUGGGAGCGCUUGUUUACAGCUCCCUCUCUUCGGGCUUUUGCGGCGUAGGAAGGGACGAAACAAGCAGCUGGUCGGGACUGUGCUGUGAAAAAUGAGUGGUGGGUUGGCACCAAGCAAAAGCACAGUGUAUGUGUCCAAUUUACCCUUUGCUUUGACGAACAAUGAUCUGUACAGGAUAUUUUCAAAGUAUGGGAAAGUUGUCAAAGUUACUAUUAUGAAAGACAAAGACACCAGGAAGAGCAAAGGAGUUGCCUUUAUUUUGUUUUUGGAUAAAGAAUCUGCACAAAACUGUUCUCGGGCACUUAAUAACAAACAGUUGUUUGGAAGAGUAAUAAAAGCAAGUAUUGCCAUUGAUAAUGGAAGAGCAGCAGAAUUCAUUCGCAGGCGUAACUACUUUGAUAAGUCUAAGUGUUACGAAUGUGGGGAAGCAGGACACUUAAGUUAUGCUUGUCCUAAGAAUAUGCUAGGAGAGCGAGAGCCACCGAAGAAAAAAGAAAAGAAGAAGAAAAAGAAAAUAGUUGAGCCAGAAGAAAUUGAGGAGGAAGGAGAAAGUGAAGAGGAAGGAGAAGACCCUGCUCUGGAUAGCCUCAGCCAAGCCAUAGCUUUUCAGCAAGCCAAAAUUGAGGAAGAACAACAGCGAUGGACGCAGACUGCAGGGGAAUCUUCAAUUUCAGAUGAUUCGAAACGUCCACGGAUUAAGAAAAGUGCUUAUUUCAGUGAUGAGGAAGAACUUAGUGAUUGAAAUAAUACUAUUCUAUAUGUAUAUAUAAUAUAUGUAGUGUACCUUUUGUAAAUUGCUACAAAGUGAUCUGUAAUAUAGGUUUGUUUUGGUGUUGGAGACACUGAAAAUCAUGUUGAAUUUUUAUUCUGUCCUCUCACCCUCCUGUCUUUUUAUACCUGUUCUGAAAACUUCACCUUUCAAGGCAGCUUCUUAAGGAAAUGGUGUGUUCAUACGCUUAAAUCCAGAAGAGUAUCUAUGAGAAUACUGCUUACAGUUUGUAUCUAGACCCAAACCCUGGAAGUGAAAUCUUUCCUAACAACUUUCCCACAGCUUUUUUCCCAAGAGGAUUCCUCUUAGGAUGACUGUUAGCACCACUGAUUCUUUAUGUAUUGGUCUGUUUACUGCUUGUUUGGAAGCAGGAAGCUUUAGCAGUACUUUAGUCAAAUGUGAAUCUUGCACUAGUUCCUCUUCAUAGGGUCGAAUUUCAGCUUUAAGCAUUGUACUAGUCCUUUAACUCCUCAUACAGUAGAUGAGAAAUUACUGUCACAUCAGCACUGUUUUUCCUGACUGCAGUUUGGGUGCCUAACAUGAUAAUUAUGGUUAUCCAUAGCGUUUCUAAUGUACUUGUAUCUAACCUGGGUCACAGUUCUACGUUCACAGCCAUCUGAACCUGUUGGCAAAAUUCAAAAGGCACGAAGUUUCCUACAUGCUUAAAAAUUAGCUUUCAUGUAUACUUGGAACCAUUGUGGUCUCUGAGCAAAGUGUGUGGGCACCUGUUUUGCAAAUAAAGCUGUCAAGACCUUUUAAAUAGGGUCUCCAUCCUUACAUCUCUAGGGUUCUAGUCAUGUUCUCCUGUACCAGUGAUCAUUCCCAAAACCACAGACACUUGAUGUCUUACUGUUCUUACUGUUCUUACAGUUCUUACUGUUUAACCAUCAGGACUUAAUUUUCUUCCAAAUAUUCCUAAAAAUUAUCUAUUUUUAAUACCAAUUUACAUUCAAAUACAUAAGAUGCAAAGCAAAGAAACACACACACACCCCCCAUUGAAGCUAGUGUAUAGUCUCGUUCCGAAGGUCAUUCUUGUGCUUGUGUUCCUCCAUAAACACAAGAAUUCAGAAACAAGAAUAAGGUAAUAAAAGUUUUUUCUCUGCAAGCUACUCAAGCCAUCAGAAUAAGGAGGAAUAUUGGGUUCUACACAUAGGAAGGUCUUCGACUCAGUAAUCAAAGGAAUGUUUUUAAGACUGACUUUUUACUGAAAGUACUAUAUAUUAAAUCUGAAGCUUCCUUUGCUGAAUUUUGGGAAGAUCUCUUGCUACUGAAUAGCAGAGUGCUAAAGUGCCAGGUGUAACUUAGUGACAGUCAAAAAAAAAAGAAAGCAAAACAAACAAAAAUAUUAGACCACUACUUAAAAUUGGGGUUUGUCUUCUUUUCAAGUACCAUAUUCAAUGCUGUUUUUUAAAAAAGAUAGAAAACUAAAAUGGGACAGAGGACCAGUUUGACCUUGUCCAUGACUUUGGUUUGGGAAUAUUUGAUAGCUUGUAAGAGUUAAGAUUUCAAUGAAGUGAUUAGGCAGCAAGUUUCAAAAUUGUAUUUCAUUACACUAUGUAAUGUAGUAGUGGAACUCACUGCUAGGAGACUUCAGGGUCAUGCAGUCAAAGGGAUUAGGCUUAUAUGUGAAACAGAUUUUCAAAUGUUAGUUUAAAUAAAGUCUCCACUCAGAAAUAUCCUCAGUUGCUGGCUACCUCUAACAGUUAAAAUAUACAGAGAUAUUAACAGUCUCAGAAUGUAUUGUUCUUACACACUUUACUGUUUCAUAUUUGCUACUGGUGUCUUGUCAGAAAGCAUAAAACCCAAAACUGACCCUUGUUCUGACCUAACAAAGUACUUUUUCAAGAGCUGCAGUAGCUGAAGCAUGUUGAUAUAUUUUUCUAGUCUGCUGCUUCUGCCUCACUGCUUUCCCAGUAGGAUUUGCUCUUGUCAGCAUGAAGCAAUAGCUCAGUCCAGACUAUUACAACUGACCCAGUGUUGUUCCUCCAUGCUCUUUUGUACCAAGCAUAAACAGUUGAGGUAGGUGACAUUGGAAGAGAAAAAUAAAAAUAAGCUUGCUUCUGUGCAUAAUUGGCAUCUAGAAUUCCUUCCCUUAAGUCAUCUUACUGUAACAGUUUUCUUAACUCUGAACUUCUAUUGUUUAGCAGUGCUUAUAGUUUUUGUUUUUGCCUUAGAGUCAGGGUAAAGAAAAUACACCAAAUGCCUAAAUCGUGAUCUAGAGGGACUUGGGAGGAGUCAGAUUUUUGCACUUGAUCUUCUGAAUAAUUUUAAAUUUCUAUUCUUUGUUGGCAAGAUAACAAAGCAUUUCUAGGUGAGGAAUUCAGAGCACUAGCAUUAGAUAACCAUUGUUAGAUAGUGUGAGUACCUGUUCUGCUAACUUAAAUACAAAAUUGUUUCUGGCAGCAGCCCCUGAUGCAGCUGCCUCAUCCUGAAAAAAAAGGCCAGAACUUGUCAAUGAAGUCUCUUUCUGAUCUUUGAACCUGGAGGGUUUUGCUCCUAUUCAUGUCCACCAUCACCUACUCUAAGCAGCACGGCUUCAGGUUGCCAUCAGAGUCCCAUCAGCACUGAGGAGCAAGGGGGAGUGUUAACUAGGCUCCUGAUUUAGGUCAGGCCAAUAGGGUGCAAUUAUUUUGCAAAACUUCAGCAACAGAGUGGUGCUUUUGUUGGUGUGGUAUCAUAAAGCACCAACUCCAGAAAGAGAAAGCAGUUUUGGUGGUUGUAUGGCUCUGGGCCAGACAAGGUGAGACUCUAGUCUUGUUAUCAAAAGAGAGAAGAAUAAAAAUCACCUUGUAGAACACUUUAUUGUUGCUGUUAGAAAAACCACAGGAUUGUCUUCUGAGGGGGCCGUGUGCAGGAGGUGUGUUGGUUUGAGGUUAUUUUUAGUACUUUGAGGACUUAGCUUAGGUUAGCAAGCUGACUGCUAGUUUUAGAGUGUAGAUAAUAUGGCUCUGAUAAGUUGCAGAUUUUUUUUUUUUUAAUAAUGUCAAAAACUUGGAUCUUUCUGCAAACAUCCACUUAUUAGAUUUUAUCUUUCGUAGUUUCCAAACAGCUUGAAAAUUGUCAAAAUGUGUUAUGGGUCAUAGGACCUCUUAUCUGUUGAAAUGGCUAACAGAGUAGUGUUUCAAAAGCCACUAGAAGAUGCCUUUUAUCUGUUCUUGUGGAGGAAGGGGCUAUGGAAGUGAGAUAAGGACGAUUAGCUUAACUGAAUAUAAAUGGUAUUACUCACACUGUGCCUGUGCAGCACUUGUUAAAACCAUUGCAGCUAUGAAACACAGGAGUAAUUUUAGUCCAUGUUUAACAGGCUCCCACUACGUUCUCAGCAUAUUCAGGUUACUACUCUCAACAGAGCAAUAGAAGGGACUGUAAAUACAAAGAACUGUGUGUAGCUAAAUAUAUGAUGUCUGGAACAAAUUGUAAACACUUUGUUUGUUUACAAAGUGUAAACACUGUGUUCUCUGGGAUAGCCCUUUAAUCUGCAAAGAUGACUUACUGUAGCAUGGGAAGGUGAGCUGUGCAGGCUGUCUAGCUGUAGUCUUCUGAGGCAAAAAAUAUUAAAUUGCUUAGAAAAGCUAGAUGUAAAAUGUGAUAUUUUAAAAUGGCAUUUAUGAAGUGCUACUAUAAGCGUUUCUAUUCUAUUUCGCAUCUGCAGUGUCAAUACGAUUAUAUAUUCUGUCACUAUU